GAAGGUGAAAGUUCAGGGUUUGGCGGCAGAGUGGGUCACUGUACAGGCUUCUCCAAGGCUCUCUGACUGCUCAGCACUGGAUUAAAGGAAACGUCUUAAGAGGAAAACAUGUCACCACUCAUCUUGUUGGCAGUUGUUUGUUUAUGCCUGCAGUCUGCAAUCGCGUCUCCGCUCCCAAAAACUGGGUGCCAGGACCCAGAGACAGUGAGGACAGCUGAGGAGGCUCUGGAUCACAUUAAUGCAGACAGACACGAGGGAUACAUUCUGAGCCUAAGCCAAAUUUUGGAUGUCUACCAGGAGCCAAAGGAGGGGGAUGGAGCUCUGCUCAACCUGACUGUGGAGGUGGUGGAAACCAAGUGUCAUGUGAUCAGCAGGAAGAAAUGGAAGUCUUGUGAAGUUAAAGACAUGAGUGACGUGCCAGUCACUGGAAAAUGUGAUGUCUCUGUCUCAGUCCAGAAGAAUGUCGAACUUAAUAGCUACACCUGCACUAUCCAAAAAGUGCCAGCAACUGUUAUUGUAAACAUCUGUCCAGACUGUCCAACCGAGGAGCGCCUAGAUGACCCCAUCAUAAUGGAAACAACAAACUUAUCUUUGCAGAAGUACAACAAAGAGAGCAGCUUUUCCAAACACUUUGCCCUUUUGAACGUGACAGGGGCUAGUAUGCAAUGGGUGGUGGGUCCAGCCUAUUUUGUGGAAUACACCAUACAGGAAACUGACUGUGCCAAAGACCAGACUGAUGUUGACUUCACCCAGUGCAAGUUACUUAACUCAGAAUCAGCUCGAAAAGGCUAUUGCACUGGAUCUCACCUGACCAUAGACGAUGAGCCAGAAAAACAACACGUCACCGUGAAAUGUGAAAUCUAUGAACCAGAGAAUGCCACAGGAGAAAAGAGUGCGGCUGCCGGCAACAAACUUUCUCAAAAGCCAGUUAACAGCAGAGGGAAAGUGCUGGUUCUGCCCUCUCCCUCCGUACUGGUUUCCCACAGAACCUCAUCAACCACAAGGAACUGCCCGGGACCUAGGAGAGUUCCCUUCGAGUGGCUGAAACCCUAAAUUUAAGAGUCUCUUUAUCAAAAGCUGUUUUUCACUUCUGUUUUUUUUUUCCUUCUGUCUUAAGCAUUGUAAACAUUUUCACUGAUAUUUAGAGCUUUGAGGAUUUCGUAGAGUAAUCAGAGGUAAACUGCAGAACUGAAAUACCUGUUUGAACACAGUGAUUUAACGUCAUAAGCAUUAACGCAUAAUUGUAACAUUUGAUUUCUUAAAUUACCGUACGAUUCUCAAAUUUUAUCUGUGUGAUAUGGUGACGCCGUCUUUGUAUACUUUCUGUGGGCGUGCCGGCAUUUUCACAAAAAAUAAAUAAAUAAAGAAAGAAAG